AAGCGCUAUGUACGCAUUUACAUAUGUGCUGAAAGACGUUUAUAACCUAUCAGAUGCCGUAUAUCGUACAUCUACGGCAUCUCCACAUUGGAAACGUAAUUUUCUUGUUUCCUACGAUUUUCUGCGAUAAAUGUUACGAUUCACGUAAUGUACGUAAGAAAACCUCGAAAAAGGCGGAUUCACCCAACCCUGGUGGUAGGGGGUUCGGGUCCACCAUUUUCUUCGCGUGGUGGGGGGUUUCAUAACAGCGACGCGAGUGGACGCGAGGCUGCGUGAUCGGAGGCAGGAUCUCCCCGCUUCCGCGAGGAGGCGCCAGUAAUGGCCGGCGAAAUUUUCGCUUCCGCAGCGCGACAGGGCCGCUCCCGGCCUCCUUGGCGUUUCCCGGCCCGUCUCGCGUCCAGUCUCCCGGCCUCCCUCGUCCUCGGCGCAAUCUCGACCCCGGAGUGACGCGGGGCGAGAAAGUUCACGCGAGGAGACGCGGAUCGAGUAACCGUAAGUAGAGGCGCGCACGACGAGAAUUAUCCACCCGGCGGGUGAGCACGUUUCCGACCCCUCCACCCCCGGGCCGGCGAGCUGACAUAACCCCAACGUGACACGGACCGACACCCUGCGUCACGCCCGACAUGUAACGGAUCGUCGGCCGCGGGGGCUGGUCGUCUCCGACUGUAUCUCCUUGGAAGCUGGCGCAGAGGAGAGAGGGAGAGGAUGACGGAUUUGGACAAAUUCCGCGUCGUCAACGAAAUAAGCCCCACGAAGACGUAUCAUCUUCCUUUUACUGGAGAAGCGGCCGGGCACGGGUGCGAUCGAGAAGGCCGUUCCGGAGCGCAGGGUGGCAGUGACAGGGGUGGCGAGGUUCACGGGGGUGGGCCCAGGGGUGGCGUCAUGGACUCUCAUCAGCAGCAGUUCUGCCUCAAGUGGAACAGCUUUGGCAGCAACCUGGCGACCGCCUUCUCGAACCUCUUCAAGAGCGAGAGUCUCACCGAUGUCACCCUUUUCUGCGAGGGAGUCACGUUCAAGGCGCACCGGCUGAUCCUGGCGGCGUGCAGCAAGCACUUCCAGGAGCUCUUCGAGGGCAUGCCGCCCUCCCCCGCGGGCCUCAUCGUCAUCCUGGACGGAACGAGUGCUCACGACAUGGCGGCCCUCCUCGAGUUCAUGUACCGGGGCGAGGUGCACGUCUCCCAGGAGUCCCUCAGCUCCUUCCUCAAGGCCGCCGAGUGCCUCCAGUCUGACGUUUUCCUUCCUCAGGUGAAGGGUCUGUCGAUCGAGCACGAGAAGCUGGCGGUGGCGCAGAGGCACGCCGCGGAAAAUAGUAACGCGACGCCUGGGGAGGCCGCCCCCGCCGCCGCCCCCGGCCAGGGGGCAGGGGACGCCGAGGGACCCGCCGGGCCCCAGGGGUCCAACAAGAGGACCCCCACCCCGGCUCCCUCCCCCGCGACCGCCUAUUCCGUGCCCAACCCCUACUCCACCCCACACUACUACGAGAGCCCUCAGAAGAGACACAUGAGAUCGCCCAGCGACGUGGACGCCCUGGGACGAGCCAGCGUCCUGAGGGACGGAACCGCCUUCCGGCCGGCGUCCGCGCCGCAUCCGCUGCUCCUGGAGAACCAUCUUUAUCAGCCGUUCCCUCACCCCUCGGAGACGCCCGCGCACCCACACACGGCCCCGCACACCCCCACGGAACUGGAACGAGAGUUGGAACGCGAACGCUCGGAGGAACGAGGAAACGGGGAGCGCAAGGAGAGCGUGGCCGAAGAUCUGCGGAUCAAACAGGAACCCAUGGCGAUCUCCGACCGGGAGAGGGCCGAGAAGCUGGUGGAGCGGCUCUCCGGAGAAGUGUACAGCGGGGACAGGAGGAGAUUCGAAGCCGGGUCCUAUGGGUCGCCGGGGGAGCACUACCCCCAUGGGGUGCAGAUGGGGACCGGGAUGGUGCCCCUGCCACCGACCCCACAACCCACCUCCGACCUCAACCCUACCCCGACCACCCCCGCCAUGUGGAACUCCAAGGUGAACAAGGCUGGCACCGUCACCACGCCGGACGGUAAGAAGCUGAAAUGUCCGUUCUGCGAGCGGCUCUACGGGUACGAGACGAAUCUGCGAGCUCACAUCCGGCAGCGCCACCAGGGCAUCCGCGUGCCCUGCCCCUUCUGUUCGAGGACCUUCACCAGGAACAACACGGUGCGGCGCCACAUCGCCCGGGAACACAAGCCGGAUAUCGACGAGAAGGCGUUCCAGCAGUCGAACAACCACUCGGUGGCGGACUCGGUGCCCCAAUAACCGGGUUCCCGAGGGACCCGGACUUCUACUAGAGUUACCUGCAGGGUGCCGGGAGCGCCCUCUCUCUUCGCUCGGCUCGUCGCCGACCGGUGGGCCCGUUGAGUCCGGAUCGUCGCCGACCGGCGGGCCCGUCGAGUCCGGCCCGUCCCGGGAGUCCCGAGGGACGGGCCGGUUCCCUGUCCCCUUCGAGGAGGGACGCGCGCGGGAGUGACGAGGCGCGGGCCGCGGUUCUGGCUGGAUCUCUCAAUUUUCUUUUUUUUUUUUUUAACCGAUUUUCAUCCAAUUUACGCUGAGAAAAAGAAAGAGUCAUUGGACCGGAGAAAUGUUUCUUUUAAUUGUAACGAAGGUACAUUUCGUUAAUUCAUGGAGCUCGACUGGAAUAAACUCAGAUAGAUUGUCACAAGUCGGAAGAAGCGUUUCCUCCGAUUUAUUCCAGUUUAUUUCAGUCGUGUAAUUAUUCUUUGAAUUAACGAGAGAUUUAUUCGGUUCAAUUGUGCUUUUUCUUUAUCAGCGUACGACCGAUGCGGGGUUACAGGGGGAAUUUGAUGGGGUUGAAAUUUGGCCCGAAUGGUCGAUCCUAUAUUUUUCUUACCGUUUUUCAAUUUCUUUUUUUGUUUAUAUCGAAUAUCUCGACCCCAUGGCAGAUUUGCUGGGGAUGUUUUUACUUUCUUCCCUUCGGAUUUUAUUUUUUAAUCUCUUUAAUGUUAAUCUCUCAGGCUAAUGGGAGAUCUUGAUGGCGAAGACCCACAGGAACGUUUUUGAAAUUCGGCCGAAAUUUUCAAUCCUUUCAUUUUCCUCCCCCUCGUAUUCUUAUUUUUUUUUUUUAAUUUAUUUUAAUACCAUUUCCAACCUCGUUUUCGUACAAUCCGUCGAUAACCGGUUAAAACAGUCGAGCCGACUGUAUUUGUUUAAACUUGAAUUGUUCCAUUAUUUUACGAUCGCGUUUUUGAGAUCUUAAAAAAAAAAAAAAUGGUCAUCCACAAAUUUGGCCAAUUUUUGGCCACUCUGGGACCGCGGGAAGCGCCCCGCAAGUUUUCCAUCGUACUUGAGAGAUUCAGGCGAGCGUGUAGAGAAACUAUAUUAAACUAUACCGAUAUAUAUAAAAAUAUAUAUAUAUAUAUGAGACAGCGAGGAGGAGAAACGGAAGGACCGAAAAGUAAUAUAUCGGCGCCGGAGCGCGUGCGCUGCAAAUCACAAAACUAGUCAAUGAAAGUGCAACCGUCAUGUAAGAAUAAUUCACUAUACUAUAGAAGAGGCGAUAUAUAGUCGGCGAUGGAAUACAGGAAAACGGGAAAUAGUAAUACGGGGAUACAGUCGAGCAAGAGAGCAUAUAUAGUAAUAGGAUAGCAAGCGAAUCGCAGCCAAUCACUACUCAGGAAAUAGUUGUCAAAACGAGAAACAAGAUCCGCCCUACGAUCUUAUUUUUCCUAUCGUCAAGAACGUCGAAAAGAACAAUUAAUCGAGAAAGAGAAAGAAAAAUACCGCGGACAAAACUACUGCCACUAUCACAAUAGCAAUCUAAGUACAAUAUUUACUGCGAUGGAACUUCUACUACUACUACUAUUACCACCUACUACACUACACCGUUUCUACACCUAGUAAUGUUUAUUACUGUUAAAGUCGAGCCUAGGAUGGAACUAUAGUUGAUCGUAGGGUUUAAGUUACGUCACAUACAGUGCCAAAACCAGAAAAACUAUACAUGGUGUCCCGAAACACUGGCUGGACCAUUUAAGGCGGGAAAGAGGAUAACAUAACCAGGCAAAAGUUCCUUUUCUAUUUUUUUCUACCAUCGGUACUUCUCGAGUUAUAAAUAAAUUAAACCGACCAAUCGCGAACGCGCGGGAGAUUUGAAAAGUUAAGCCAGUAUCUCGGUAAGUACCGAUCGGAGAGAAAAAUGGAAAAGGAACUUUCGACUGGAAAUGUUAUUCUCUUUCUCUAGAAAAAAAAAAAAUAAAAAAAAAAGGUACCAGUGUUUUGACCCACUCUGUGUUAAUGGAGACUACUUCUAUGCUGGGUUUAACGCGCGAGCGCCACCGCGUACAACUUUUCGGCUUUCGUUUCGAAAAGACGUGUGUCGAGGAAAUUCCAAACAUAACGGAGAUACUUUUUAUACGCAGAUACGGAUCUUACUUUUGUACGUGAGGGGAGGGGGAGCAGGUCGUACGAAGUGUCACUAAAAAUAUUAACCACGAGAAAAGAUGAAUAUAUAUAUAUAUAUUAUAUAUUUUCGGAGCCGAGCACGAUAAUAGCGGAACCAAGCUAGUGAUAAGGACUUCCCUUUCAGUAAUACCAAUUUCGAGUGUCCUGGAGGAUGUUAAGUGAUAUAACGUUAAGUAACAAACGGAAAGAAAAGAAAAAUCGCCGGCGGUGUCGUUAUCGAUAACUUAUCAAAACGGAUUUUUGUACCGCGCAGUCGCGCCCGAAAUUUCUACCACACGCGUUUUUUAUAACUUUUCAUAUACCAAGGUGGAGGGGGAACCCGAGACUCGUUGGCGAGGUGUCUCUUAUCACAGGAGUUCCUUAUCACGAGGUCGAUUCCGCGUGGCGAGAUCGGUAGGCGCGUCGGGACGCUAUUCAGCAGAUCAAGGGAUACCAAUUUUGUUACCUAUUUACAGUGUUUAAUAUCGAGGACUUUUGUCCUAAGCAAUAGUCGCAAUAGUGAAUUGAAGCUAAACUAGGCAUCGAUCGCGGGUAAAACAUGCAAAAUAGACGGUGAAAAGGAAGGAAAUGUAACACGAAGGGGGAUCGAUCGAGUCGCGGAUAUAGGAACGAUUACAAUAGAUAAAUGGAGAAAUAUAUAUAAAUAUAUAUAUAUACAUACCUGUGUAUAUAUAUGUGUACAUUACAUGAAUAAUAGUUAGAGAUACUCCUAGUCAGGAUGGCACCGCGAUAUUACUUGUUGCAGUAUUUACACUUUUUACAGAUUUUCUUUCUUUUGUUACGGGGAUAUGGAAAAGAGAAAGAGAGAGAGAGAGGGAGGGAGCGAAGGUUUAAAGAGUUACCUCACAACGAUAUGCCUAUCGUAAGUUAUCAAAGACAAUAGAUGAUAGAGAGAAUUAUUUAAUGUUUAGAACGACGAAGUGCUUUACGUACCUACGCGAGACGCGGCGCCCAAAGAACGGUUCAUUUCUCAUUUUCGAGUCCAACAAAGCAUGUGUUACACACACGACACACACGCACACACACCGCUUGCACAAUAUCCACGAUCUUAAAGGAAACCGGGGUGUCACUACCUCAUUAUAUUGUCCGACUUUUACGUGCAUACAGGGAAAAUGAAUGUCGACAGCCUUUCCCGAUUUUCAGGCCAAUUUAUUCCGGGGACUUCGAUGCCUCUCGCGAAGACAAGCGCGAUCGACUACGACCAGUCGUGGAAAACUGUCAAUUAUUAAAGUAAAUAAAAAUGACACAUUGAAAAGUUGCUGGUCCCAUGGCGUGGAAGAGACACGGUGUAUUAUCCACGUGCAGAAAGAAAAAGAAAAAUUGUUCAUACGAGUACAUUUCUGGUGGUUCUACGUCAUCACAAUUCCGAAGAAACGUCGUAUACAAUUUAUUGGAGUUCGAGUCAAUUUUUUGGAUUAACUAAAUAUUUCUCCGGUUGAAUUUUCUCAGGGUGGGAUUGCAUCUUGUCUCUUUGACGUAAUGGCUGGUCCGUAUCGAACGAAAUCAUGGAUUCUAGGUAUGCCGCAGGUUUUUGCCCGUGCCUUUUUCACUCGACUGCCCGAAAUCGCAUUUCUACGUACAUUCCACCGAGAUGCGAGUUUUCUCGAUAAAGGGUCUCUCGAAGUCCCCGAGCCGAAAAUGAAUAUAUAUUUACCCUCGUCGAGAGUAAUUUUGGAGUAACAGCAUAUACGUAUACAAAGAUUUCUACGAAUAUAUAAAUAUAUACAAAUAUGCACAUACGUGAAUAUCGCAUAACGAAGAGGUGAUCCGAAAUUGCGCGACCGAUUGCGAUUGGCCAAUUUCGAAAUACCUAGAGAAAAAAAAAAAGAAAGAAAGAAAGAAAAAAAGCCCUUCGCCGCGUUUCUUUUUUUUUUUACAUCAGAAUCGACAUCGAUUACCGCGACACGCCUUUUCGACACGCACCCACACGCUCGUACGCAUACCCAGUGACGUCAGGGACCCUAAAAAAAGGGGGUUGCAUAAAUGAUAAAGGAGAGAGACAGCGAAGCUCCUCCAUUUCCGGUCUUCGGGGGGGAAAUUCGAAGAAAAUGGAGAAAAUGGGGGAAAAAAAUAUGGAGGACAAAAAAAGAUGUGAAGAAAUUCGGGGAGACAAGAGAGGAGGUUUGGCGUGUCAGAAUCGCACUGAGUGUCUCAAGUGAGAGUCUAAAAAAGUUUUCGGGGGGAGCAGGGCGAGGGGGAGGGGUGUUCCGAAAUCGGGAAAUUGAAACCCACGAGGGGGAAUUUUGAAUUUCGAUGAGCUGGGGGGCCAAUGCCCCCGCGUGUGCGGAUGUGAAUUUAGACACGGCGGUUUCUACAUAUGUACACGCGUACACGCACACACGCACACGGCCACACAUUACAUACGUACGCGCGCCCGUACUGAGUGUAUAUAGAGUCCAUGCGAGUAUGUACAGCUCCGGCAGGCGGGGGUUUAUUUUUUAAGAGAGUUUUCGGGGGUGCUUCCCCCCCUGGAACCUCUGCUGAGCAGAGCGGAUCUUUGGGGGAAAAGGACCCCCGGACAUUUAGGGUUACGUUGACGUUGUUGCGUUUUUUCGCCCACCCCAGGUGGCGGUUUUUCUCUUUUUCCGAGUUUCCGAGUUACACUCGCGGCUACGCGUGCGCGUACGCACGCACACGGACAUUGACACGGCGGCGUUGAAAAAUGCAGAGAAGGGUUGGCGACCCCCCUCGAUAAAUCCCGGGGGGCGGGACGAGUACCUAGAUAAUCAAUGUAAAAUUAUUACGAGGAGUAAUUAGGAUUAAUUGUACUGUCACGAUGUGCGAGAGCGUCGCAGGGGGCGGAGAACGUGCGUAUGUAUAGUUAUGUAAAUGUAUGUAACGACCGAUGGCGGCGCCACCGCCGGGCAAGGUGGAUACUACACGCAACGAUAAGUCCUGGGAUUUUAGGUGUACAUGCAGUUUAAUCGAGGUCUGUAACACCCAUGUGUAAUUCCAACGUCAGUUUAAUCUGUACAGAUCGGUUUACACCGACUAAUCGUUACGUGUGUAACCACCUUAAGCGCUGGCACCCCUCGCACCUUCCUCCGUUCGCCGAUUGUUUAUAGCUUUUUCUUUUCUUUUUCAUCUUUUCCGUUGGACUUUUAUCGGCGGUUCCUCCGGGAAAGAAAAUCCCGGAGGAGCGGUGCCUCGUCUCGAGGGUGGAUUCGACUUUGGAUUUUUUUUUUCGGAGAGGGAGAGCGAGGGGAGGACCUUGCGAGGGGGUGCAAAGGGUUUCGAGAGGGCCGCGAACGCAAUCGGUGGCAAUUAUUUGUUUUUUCUUUAUCUUCAUCUUCUUCUUUGAGGGGGCUAGGAAAGUGUGAGGAAUCCCGCUGGCAAACUUGCGAAAUUCGACGAAGAGGCCGUCGCGCGCCCUGUUGAAAUUUUAACCAAAACCCUCUAUCACCGGUGUAAAGAUACUUUAUAUAUAUACAAAUAUAUAUAUAUAUACAGAUACGCGUUACGCGCGUGUACACGCACGCGCGAGUGCGUAGGUACGCGCGUGUACCCGCGCGUCCCUAUUAUUGUACUACGCAGUAGGAUAAUAUGUUUCAUGUUGUUUAUAUAUUAUGUGUUUACGGAUUCAAAAUCCUUUAUAGAUGUCGUGUGUGACACAGCGUGGCUGGGAACACCCCCAGAGCCUAUUUGACGAAAUCGGCGCCCGAUCACUUUGCAUAAACAAUUAAUUUCCUAUCCACACACUUCAAAGAAAUCUCGUUAAUUAGAACAUUUAAUUCUAUCAUCAAGUCGACCGUAUCGAGGAACUACCGCGUUUGUCAGGAAAUCCAAGAUGGCGUCGGUUGGUCAAAUGGCGCCUCGAGAUUAAGCCUCGGCUCUGUUAGGAGGUUCUCGAAAAACCUGGCUAUGCGUUUCCGCAGCGGAGCCAGGGUUUUCCGCGCGUGCCCAUCGUUUUGCGAGUCGGGUUUUGCAAAGAAUUUGAGCGAACGAGAGAAAGAAAGAAAGGAAAAAAAGAACCCUCCUCCACCGAGAGAGUACGCACCACACGAGGUACCUACAGCAUGUAAGGGAGAUAAAAAAUGGAAUAUUAAUAAUCGAUGUCAUUCGCUGUACCUACACCAUCCGGAGUGUACUCGCGGCUGUACCGUUUAAGCGUAUAUAGUAUUUAAAAUAGUAUGCAGUAAUGGCGACCGCGAAUAUUAACGAAAAUGAAGAUAUAUCCGACGCGCGUGCGCACGCAACGCGGGGCUUCGAUUACUGGGGCGGCGGUCCUGCGUGCCGCGGAUUAUAGUACAAAGUAAACAUAAUUCUUAAGUACUAACGAGUAAAGGGAAGACCAUUAUAUUCAAAGGGCAUUCACGUGACCCACUGUACACGCUGCGAAUCUAAGGGUUAUUCGAGAGGGAAGAAAGAAACGGCUAGGACGUCGCGGAUGAGGUGGAGGUCUCCAGGGUCGCCGGAGGGGCGUUUACAAUAACCAAUUAAUAACGAACAAUGUCCGCACAUUCUAAAGGACAAUUACCGGAUGUUCUUCAGGGAGAAAUUUAGACCGUAGACUAUUUUUCAAGGGCAUGGGAUGUAGGAUUACCGGGAACGUUACGGCCGCCAUUUUGGUACCGUCCCUCCGCGGUCCCUCGGAGACUUCAACGCCUGCAAUUACCGACACGAUGCGAAUCUUCCGACUGACAUCUCGGCACACCGCGUGCAAGUACAAAUGCUACCUCACCUACGCGAUUAAAUAUACAGGGUGCACCGACCUUCGUAACGUCACUGUACAUACACACGACGGUAUUUAACUGUAGAUGAAGGAAAGGGGAAGAACGAUCGUGAGUUACUCAGCGGGUUACACGGCAUGGAGGGGAAAACAAAAAAAAAAAAAGAAGAAAAAAAAUACGAGAA